AUGGGUCCACCCCAGCAGCUCCCGCAGACACAGCCGCUGAAGGCUACUGCUAAGAAUUCUCAGCAGCACCAGCCAGCCAAAAACUCUCAUAAGGCUGAUGCUGAGAACUCACAAAAGCAUCAGCCAACCAAAAGCUCCCAGAAGUCAUCUGCUGCUGAGAAGCCAGCCAAAAGCAGCCAGCGUAAGCAAAAAGAUGUUGUUGGUGUUGGUGCUGCUGACAAGAAGGCUGCUGUUGAGAAGAAUGCUGCUGCUAAGAAGAAGGCUGGUGGUGUUGCUGCAGAGAAGAAGGCUUCUGCUGCCCUUGCUGAGAAGGCUGUUGCUAGUGCUGUGAAGAAGGCUGCUGCUGGUGCUGUGAAGAAGGCUGCUGCUGCCAUGGCAUCCAAGAAACAACAUAAGAAAGGUGCAUAA